AUGGAUAUAUGGAUCUGUAUUGAGCCAAUAAUAAUUGUUAAACAUCCGUCUGAUGAUAUGUAUCAUAAUAAUAUUAAGCUGCGUGGUCAGAAGAAGCCUAAACUUGAUAUCACUAUAAAUAGUUGUGAAGAUGCUGGAGAAUAUAAUUGUAAAAUUUCACAAGUUAUUGAAGGUGAAGAUGAAGAUGAAGAGGCAUUAAAUUCUGUACUGCGAACAGAGUCAGUUUUUGUGACUAUACCUUAUAUACCUGUAUGUAUGCAACAGCAACCACCCAUUUUAUUAGAGAUUGAAGAGAAUGAGGACCUUAUAAUUAAAUGUAAGGCACGCAGCCAUCCUAAACCAUGUUACCAAUGGUUCAAAGACAAUACAAUGUUAGAGGGAACAUCAAAUGUAUUGCAUAUAAAACAAUCUAAUUUCAAUGUUGGAGGACAGUAUUACUGUCAUAUAAGUAAUAGCAUGAGUGAAGUAAUUACUAAAAAAACUCUUGUACUGGUUCACUCUCCUCGUGAAAAGGCAAUUGCAAAAAUAGCUUUAAUCAUUGCAAAUGAUGAAUAUGAAAAUCUUCAAUGUUUAAUGAAACCUAGAUAUGAUGCUAUGAGAAUUCAUAAUCGGUUGAAGAAGAUAGAUUUUAAAGUAAUCUGCUUUUUAAAUUUAUCACUUGAACAGAUGAGGAAUGCUAUAAAAAUAUUUAGUGAAGUUUUAACAAAAGGAGUCUAUGGAUUGUUUUACUAUUGUGGGCAUGGCUUUAAAAUGCAAGAAAGUCACAUGCUUGCUGUUGACACACCAGAAUCUUUCUUAAGGAAGGAUUCAAUUUGUGAAAAUGAAUUGUUAGCUAUGUUACAACAAAAAGAUCCUACUCUUUUAGUAACAAUAUUGGAUAUGUGUCAAACUGUACCACAAAGAGAAUGUAAUCCUGAUAUUUAUAAUGAAAUACCAGAAAUACUAGAAACAAAUAUAAACUAUAAAAGUCGGAAAAAUCUUCGAAAUUUAGUCCAAGCAUAUUCCACGUCUAGUUAUUGUCCUAGUUAUGAAAGAGAAAGUUCUCAGUCUGGAUUAUAUGCAAUGCAUCUAAGCAAUUAUAUUACUCAAAAUAUCCCAAUCAUAAAAGUAUUUGAAGAAGUAGGAAAAUCAAUAGAUAAAGUGUUAAAGGGAACAGAGCGCAAUCAAAUUCCAAUGUAUUCAACAAAUACUACUAAACACUUCCGUCUCACUGAUGCAAUUCAAAGUGAAAGAAAUCCAUCACCUAUGCUAAAUAAUUUAAAUGAGUUAAUGGCCUUUUCAAAGAAAUCUUUUGAAAUAAGAUUAAGUGAAAUUGAUAUUACUGCCAAGAUUACAGUCUCGUUAAUGAAUUCUUAUUUAAAUGUAUUGAAGGUUUCAGUGCAUUACUCGGGAGAUCUAAAACUAAGUUUUUUUACUUCUGCAACUAUAAAGUCGAAUAAUUUGUCGUGUAACGAACACGGGAAAUGUUACAUAUUUAAUCCACAAAUAUGUCAGGGACCUUUGAUUAUAAGCAUUUCCAAAAAUGGAAUUACUUAUCUACACAAAUUACAUAUUCAACAAUAUAUUCCACCAAUAUUGAAAAGACUCCAAAACUAAUAUAUAUAUAAUUGAAUGCAUAUGUGUAUAAAAUAUAAUU